AUGUCCACCAUCAGGUGGGUGCACAGGAAGGGACAGAACUCCGAAAAGCGAGUCAUCUCCCUGAACGAAAUUAAAGAAAGGUACCUAAACGACGUCACAAAUGCCAGGAAGGACAAACGGAAUGAGAAGAGUUGCUGCGAUGGGAUAAAUACAGGCACAGGGAAAAAAAAGGAAAAAAAAAAACUAAUAACAUUUUACGAAAAAAAAGCUGAAAAAACAUUUAAUCAGCAAAAGGGAUUAAGCGAAAAAUAUGUCAGUAACUAUGUUGGGGAAAAAAAAAAAUAUUGCUGUUCAGGUGAAAAUGGACAAACGAAAAAUGGCUGUUCAGAAUGCAGCGGACAAGUGGACCCCCUUGGUGGACAACAUGGGAUGUUUGGGCAACCUAGCGAUGUGAAAAAAGGAGGAAUGGCAAGACCCAUGGAGGAGAGAAGCAACCUGUGUCCUCAUCACCAUGAUCAGCAACAAGUUAAUAUAAACCUAGAUGUCAGUAUUGAAUGGAACAAACAAAAAGGAAAAUUUGAAAAGGUAAACUCCCAUAUAGGGGACAUGAGAACAUAUUUUCGACACAAGAAAAUGUGGCAUCCCAUACAGGUGUCCAUUAGUGAUAAGUACUCUGGUGAGAAUGGCUACUCGAGUGAAUCCCCAAUAGGAUAUGAAAAGGGAAGAAGUGGUAAAGGGGAUGUACCAUACCCAUGGGAGGGACAAAAGUAUGAACAGCCCUCUCAUUAUGGUAACCCAACGGACGGUCAUUAUCAUGAGCGUAGUGGCGGCAACAAGCACCCCCAAGGAGAGCUUCCAAACCCUGUUGACAGAAACAAACACAUAAACCGUUUUGAAGAAGAGUGUACCACGUAUGCUGGGAUGAGACCCGCCCCCUAUGUCCCCCUCGACAAAAGUCACGCUGGUCAUGCGUGGGACCACUACCACAACUAUGCAGACCCGGAGAACAGUCAUCAGUUGCGAUAUGACAGUGGGGGAAAACUUCACCCAGUGCGCAAGGUAGAGCGGCAUGAAGUUAAAACGUGUGAAGGGGGGGCUCAGGAGAGAGCCCAUAUGUAUGUUAAGCAAGCCCACCUGCCUGUCCACGACCUCCAAAAAUGUGCAAAAAGCAACCCUCUCGAAGAUCCAGUCAAAGAGCAAACACACAAAGAGAGGCAGAAGUAUUCCCGCCCGAUGGACGAAGAACGAAUUUGCAGAGGAGAUGAGGAAAGGGCGGGGUUUUUCCAAGGGGGUGGGAAACGUACAGACAUGCACAGCGCUGACAGAAGCGACUUCAAUAAACGUGGCUGGAUGAUGGGCCCAGAUAAACCAAUAAGAGGCGACAAUAAGCCCCCCCCACAUGAUUAUCACAAAACAGCAGCCUAUCUUGUUAGUAGUGAGGAGGUUGUCCUAAGAGGAGAGAAACAACAGAAGGAAUAUGAACAGGAUAAAAAAAAAAAAAAAAUUAUUUUUUCAAUACACACAAUUAAUAACAUAUUAAAAAAAAAAAUUUUUAAUUAUUUAACAAGUUGGAGGAAAUAUUCGAUCGUAAGAGUCCCCCGUUCUGUCUACAAAAAAUAUUCCAAAAUUGUUCCCUCAGGGGAAAACUACCAAGGAAAUAAAAACCAGGGUUCCCAUUCCGCAGUGUCGGGACACACCAUACAGAACGCAUUUCCACGCAAGGCAGAUAUGCCCUUGUGGUGUUUUAACAAAAUGCCCAACGAGGGGAAAAGCUGCGAAAGGGUAAUUCUCAGAUCCACGGGGGAAGAACUACAACAGGAUGGAAAUAAAGAAGGAUCCCCUUUAAAGAAGAAGAAAAAAAAAAAGACGAAAAAGGAGAAUGAAAAUACGAAGGAAGGGAGCAUCGCGGAGACCAUCCAAAAGGGGGAAGUCGUACAUCACAAUGAAUUGGGGGUACCCCCAUUUGCAAAAAAAAAAAGCAGAGAAAAUUUUAAAAUGUAUAAGCAGCUUUCCCACAAGAAGGUGGUACUGAGCAACACGUUGAUACAUAGCUUCAUCGAUGUAGACAUACAUGAUCAACGGAAAAAGAAAAAGUACUUGAAGUUUUUCUCCAUUUUGUUAUGCCUUUUCCUGAGGAGGCACAUGCACAGGCAGUUGUCUGUUUUUUUUUCGGUCAUUGGGUCGUUUCAGCGGCGUCAGGAAGAAAAGCGAAGCAUACGAAAGUUUAUAAACAGUAGAGUUUAUGCCUUGUCCAUUCUGGAAGGGGUAUUAAAACGGACGGAGAACAAAAAAGCGCUUAGGCAGAUGGCACUGCUGAAGAAGGAAAAGAGGGACGACAAGGAGGAUAAGCAAACGCACCAUUACAGUGAUCACCCGAUAAGAAGUAACAGGAAGGACGAAAGGAAUGUUGUGAACAGCGCACCGCACCAUGUUCAACCUUUACCCCAAAAAAACACUCCGUAUGAUGAACGCGUCGGAGAAUGCAUGGCGGAGGACAAGCCAAAACUUACCUCCACUAAAAGCCACGAAAAACCCUGCUUUGGUAAACCCAAAAUUUUUAGGACAGACGAUUUUGCUGUCUUUUUUAAAAAAAAAAUUUUAAAAGAAAAAGACGAUAUUCUCCAAAAAUGUCUCUUAAGAUCCAAAUCAGAUGCAGUUUUGGAUUUUUUAAAAAUGAAAGGAAUGGAAAAUUUUUCAAAAAAGGCUACUUGCAGUUCAGCUGUUUUGAAUUUUCCAGACGGGGCUGUUUAUUACAAUGAUGAUAUGCGAAGUUCUACUUUACUGGAUCGAUUCUUUACAGCCACGUACAGCCCACAUCUGCCAAGUGUAAGCACAAGUAAAGAGAAGGGAGAUAAAAUUCACCUCUCCUUCUACGAUAAUGUAACAGCGGAUGACACCUCCACAUUGAUACGAAGCUCAUUAAAUUUUCAACAGUGUCACAGGAAAAGGGAAACCUACAUGCACUUUAACAGGGAAUGUUUUGAAACAGGCGGAGUUAACAACUGUGUGGGUUCAACUAGCCACAAUAUGACUAGAGGUAAAGAACGUCUUACUACAAAGAUCGGAGAUGCACUUGAUGUGAAAAUGGGGUCCAUCUCGGAAGUCAUGAACAAAUUGGGUUGUCUUAUUGGAGACUCUACCUUCUUGACCGGUGUAAUUCCCGGGGGGGCAGGAGACCACAUGGACGAUUCCAGCGAGGAGGAUGUACAUGACAAAAGGUGUAGGAUGUUCUUUAAGCAGUUUAAGAAACAGCUCACCAUGAAGUGCAAGGGGGCAGCACCGGAAGAGGAAGACUGUACCGAUGACCGUCAUGCAGGGGGAAACCAUCUCGGCCAAGCGGACGAGGAGCAAAACGGGCUGAGUCUGAGCGAUCUGAACAGCACCGUGGGGGUCUCAAAAGGGGGAGAAAAAUAUACACAUGGGGGCUGGAUGCAGAAAUAG